AUGCAAGAGGACGCUGCUGUCCCCUUCAUUUUGCGGUUGUUCCUUGAGCUCUCCUUUCUCUUGCAGUUUGUGCUGAAGCACAAAGAGUUUGCUCAUCUCCGGGAGGUGAAGGUGUUUCCCAACGCCCUCAACCCACACAAGGAGGAGUCACGAGCACUGGUGAAAGCCAUGAUUGACCAAGUCAUGGCGCUGCAUGAAGGCUUAAAAUGGUUUCACAUCGGAUGUGAUGAGGUCUACUACCUGGGCGAAGGAGAGGAGUCAAAGCAGUGGCUGCAGCAACAAGACAACACUCCAGAGAAGCUGUGCUUAUCUCACAUAAAAGCAGUUGCAAGUUGUGUGACUUCAUCUUACCCCACUGUGACGCCCAUCGUGUGGGAUGAUAUGCUCAGAGCAAUAAGCGAGGAAACAUUGGCAGAGUCUGGCAUCCCACAGCUUGUGCAGCCAAUGAUCUGGGACUAUGCGGCAGACCUCGACGUGGAGGGCAAAGUGCAUCUCAUAGAGAAGUAUCGUAGAUGUGGCUUCUCCAAGGUGUGGUUUGCUAGUGCUUUUAAAGGAGCUACAGGAGUGAAUCAGUCCCUAACGCUUAUUGGACACCACUUAAAAAACCAUCUUCAAUGGCUGGAAGUGGCAAGCAAUAGCCCCGCUGAUGUCCUUGAAGGUAUCGCGCUGACCGGCUGGCAAAGGUAUGAUCACUUCUCUGUUUUGUGUGAGCUUCUCCCUGUGGCAAUCCCGUCAUUGGCUGUAUGUCUGCAGGCACUAAAGAAUGGUGGCUAUUCUGAAAAGAUUAAAGAAAAUGUUGAAAAGCUCCUGGGAAUGUCCAACCUGGAAACUGAUACUUUCAUGAGCACGAGUCUGGGGACCUUUCCUGGGAGCAAUAUCCUUACGCUUGUGACGCAAGUUAGUUUCUAUCUCAAGUCAUCAGUGGAUGAACUUCUUGAAAGGAACAGAUAUGUCACGGGCUGGUUCAGCCCCUACCACAGAAAAAGGAAGAUUAUUCACCCUAUAAUAAUGCAUCACUUUCAGCCAGAUGCAGUAAGUCUUCUCUCCAAGUGGAACGCUGUGGUGCAAGACCUCCAAGCAGCCAUGGAGCAAGUUUUCCACAAGUGUACUGUAGAGGAGUGGAUGGAGGAGAACGUCCACCCCAGCCUACAGAAGCUGCAGCAAGUAGUGGAUGAUUUAGAUAAAGCAAUAAAAGCACAAAAUUAGGGGCAUUUCAGUUAGUCUGUCUUAUUCCAUGGG